AUGCAUUACAAUCAGUAUGUAUCGGUGUGUUUUUUGGCACUUGUACUGGGACAAGUGGCCGCAUUACCGCAGCAUCCCCAGUAUCCCCAGCAGAUCCAGCAACAGGCCAGGGAGGAUCGAAAGUUUGCGGAGAAACCGAACGCCAUGAAGAAGGUCGCCCUGGACGAUCUUGACGACAUCAGCACCAAUCAGAUACAGGAGGGUAGCAGCAGUGGUUUCUCGUGGUCGAAUAUGCUCGGCAUGUUGAUGCAAAUGUUACUUGGUCAGACCGGCGGUGUCGCCGGGCCCAGCAAGAACGAUAUCGACGAAGGUGCGCCAGCCAGCCCUUGGACGAAUUUGCUCUCGGUCGGCCUGAGGCUUCUCACCGCUCUGCUCGGCGGACCUCAACAGCCUGUCGACGGCAUCGACAAGGUUGACAAUCAGAGCAGCACGAUGCAGGAUAUAUUGGCUGCGAUGCUGGGCGCGUUUCUUGGACGACACAGAGACCCUAAUCAGAUUUAUGCCAUGGCUAAAAACGCUUCCGAGUUCAUUAACAUAGUGGUGAAUCUUCUGGACGCCCUGAAGACUUCAUUCUCACAUCGUUCGUUGGCCGCCAGAUCCAUGGGAAAACGCGACACCAUUUCUGAGGCUGCUGUGACCGCUCUGACCAUGCUCAAGGGUUACGUGAGAUCGUUGAAGUCGUACAACAACGUUGGACGCGCCGAGGACGAUGGACAACGUGGCUGCGCCGAGCGAGCGCUCUGCGAGGCGAGCGCCGAGUGCGUAUCGAAAUCUCAGGGCACGUCGUCCAUGUUCUGUCAAUUUGGCUCGUACGCGACGAGUUAUCUUCUCCAGAGGCAGAGCGGCGUGGCGUUCGACGCGCUUUACGAGGCGAGUCGACGCGGUCGCAGCGGCGAGGACUGCAGAACCGUGUUCCUCAGUUGCAACGCCGUUUGA